AUGAUGGCUAUGAAGCGAGAUUUCCCUGAUAUGAAUCGCGCCAUUGCUUGGUACCAAUCACUGCUGGAUAGGGAUCCUACACAAAGCUCCGAACGCUACCCCACUUUGACCUUCCUACGGAAUGUGCCUGAUGAUGGGCCAAGUAUCCAUGACUUUCAAUUGGGGGAUUUGCCUCCACGGGUUCAGCCCCAUAAUUUGCAGGUGGUUGCGGACAAGAACCUUGGCGAUCAUCUCUUUGCAGUCUUUGCUGAUCAUUCCCGCAUGGAACAGGCUAUCAAGUUCUAUGUGAGUGACAGGUUUGGGCCCAUUGCAGGGAAGCCUCAUGCCAACAUCAUGCCGAUCUCUAGCCUGGAUGACUUCUACUUGGGACUGGAGAAGUUUGAUUUCUCAGCUAAUGGGAAAAACGGAUUUUAUCCUUCGAACUGCCAAUUUCAAGCUCACUUUGGCGAAUUUCUGGCUUAUGGUUACAAGCCUAUGGAAUCAGUGAGCGUGAAGUUCAACAACCAGGCGCGUGAUGCCAAGGACUUUUGCAAGAAAGUUGCAAAGAAUGCAAUUGCGAAAUCCAAGGCCACCGGUCGGACGAUGGACACCUAUGUGGCUGCUCACCAGGACAAGUCAAAGAAUGCGUUGUCAAAGGCCAUGGAGGCUAGUUUCGUGGCUUGGGGGGAAGAACUGAAGGCCGACCAAGCUCAGUUCUGUAGUGACUGCCACAAGAGAUCCUGGGAUGCGGUAUCCAAUUACUUGAAAGAGAAACCUGGCGCCAAGAAAGAGGACGCCAGUGAUGAUGAAGCGAAGGUCAAAGUGAAGGAGGACCAGGGAGAAGAUGAGACGGAUGAAAGUGAUGGUGAUGAUGAACGCAAAAACGCUCAUGCUGACUUGGAAGACAUGGUGAGGAAGGUUGCAGGUGGCACUGACUUCAUCCAGAAAGUGGUGGAGGCUAUGCAUGUCCCAACCAUCAAAGCAAAAAUCAUGCUUGAUUUGAAUGCCUACGAUGGCUUUGCAGCUUUGGCCUGUGUGGAGGACAUGUGCAAAGGCAAUGCGGCUGUGUGUGGUUCCCUGUGCCUAGACCACUCAGGGACUGAUUUGAUGUCCAGAGUAUCCAACAAGGUGUACGAGCAUUGCCGCUCUGGUGCCAUAAGUCUCCCGGGGUUUCCGGAUUUCAACCCCAUCAUCCAUGCGUUGAAAUCGCACCAACCAGUGGAACGGCAGAAGUCCUUUCGGGUCUCUGUUCAGCAAAUGGAUCGUUUGGUCGUGCUGCAAAGUCUUGCCCAAAAAUGGUUGGAUACUGAAUCGACCCGGGAGCGUGCUUUGAAGAUCAUUUCCGACCACAAUGAUACCUACAACUGUGAUGGACAAUACUGGUUGGAAGAGAGGAGAGAGGUGUCGGCCUCUGAAAAUGCCAGCAGGGCGGAAGAACAGCCCGCAAGCGCAUCAAGCUCGAAGCCUUCAGUGAGCAGGUUCAGCUAUGGAAGCGGAGAGUGGCGCGAUGGUCGUGAAGCAGAAGAAUGUCUUCAGGAUUCCGAGGGACGAUGGAUGAGUUUCUCCGCAAAGAAGGACACUCUGCUGAUCCUCGAAAAGAAAGGCCUGCCGAGUCACAUCAAGUUGGAGAACUUGGAGGUGGCAGUGACCCUUCAGUCGCUGGUAUGCGAUCUGCAGGAUGCAGGGGAAGCCAAAUUGGAGGUAUCGCAUCACAAACUGAAGGAUGAGGAUUGGGUGAGUGUCAAACCACUUGUCUUCGUCAUGGACAAUCCCCCGGAGGAAGGGCUUGAUUGCAGCAGUGGCGAUGGAACCAAAGUUCUGACUCCAAUUCGACCGGUGGCAAUUUUGGGCCAUGAUUUGGAUAUUGGACAGGCAUGGACAUGGCUCAUCAUGCUCUACCUGCCCGGUUUGCGGCUUCAGUUGCCGGUGCCAGCACCAGAAUCUUUUGAGAUCAUGCAAGAAGAACAAUACCCGGACAACCAAGAGGGUCUCUACACUCCACCCGAUGAUCGAUACGAUACUUUGGUGGUUGACAGCCCUGCAGUUCCUCCAACAGAAAUUGAGGCUGGCAAUACUGACUCUUUGGGAAUGAAUGAUGCAGAGUUGCUCAACUUCAUGCACAACAGCGCAGCUGCCACGGCGGUGGAUUUGGAUGAGGCUUGCUUGAUGCAUGAGGAUGGUUGGGUAUCCACUGAGAUGGUAUUAGCCACAAAGAAUGCCAUUGACAAUGCCCUUAGCCAAAUUCAUCGGCUCAUGCAUCCCUCGCACCAGACCCUGAACUCCGAGAACAUCACCGGCAAGGAUGAUACCGCUGAAGCAAAUGCUGACCGAGAACAUAAAGCUGCUGGAGACACGCUGGCAUAUGAGACACAGGAUGGCAUGGACAAGGCAGAGACGAGUUUGGAUGCGGAGCUUCUGGAGAAGAGGCAGAGGGAGUACAUCACCUAUGAAAUGGAUGUGCUGAGGACUUCCCCUGUUACCUGUGACAAGUUGAAACUGGAGCUGUUCUACAUGAGACAGAUUGUCACCGGCGCACUCCCCUUGCCUGAGCUGCCUGAGCUGCCUGAGCUGCCUGAUACCUGCUUAGUGAUCGGUGAGCCUGAGAAGCCUGACGCCUGUGGAACUGAGCCUGAGAAGCCUGACGCCUGUGGAAGCCCACCUGUGGUUAAGCCUGAGAAGCCUGACGCCUGUGGAACCCCACCUGUGGUUGAGCCUGCGAGCGCAGCCCUGAAGGCAACGCCAAAAACAAAGGUGACGCCAAAAAGAGCUGCAGCAAAGUCCAAGAAAGCUACUGGGUCCAAGGAGGCCACAAACAAUGUGAAGAAAGCGGGGCCGAAGGCUAAGGCAAAAGCCAAGGCCAAGGCCAAGGCCGUUGUGAAGAAAAAGGUGUCUGUGGCCGAGCAGAAUCAGGUGGAUUUGGCCAAAAAGCUCCAUUGCGUCUACUGUGCAGCUUUGAAGUCUGCACAGAAUGAAGGCUUGAGUCGCAUCACAUGCCGUUCGAUGGCAGCUGAUGCCCGCAGGCAGCAACUCGCCUUUUACUUAUGA